ACCAACUCCAAGAUUGUCAUAUCAUCUCCCCUUUUGCUAUUUUGCUUCAUCUCCUUCACUGCAACAUUUCUCAAGGUUCUAAGACUUAUAACAAGAGAAGAUGAGCAGUGGAGAUUGGAUGUGUGCUGCAUGCCAACAUAUGAACUUCAAGAAACGCGACGCUUGUCAAAGAUGUCAUUGUCCCAAAUUUGCGUCCCCAGAAGAGAUCUCUUCUUACGGAAUGAAUAGGACGGAGGUGUUGGCUGGCGACUGGUAUUGUGCCACAUUUAACUGCGGGACACACAAUUAUGCAAGCAGAAACGCGUGUUAUAGGUGCGGUGCACUCAAAGAUUACAGUGCUAUGAUGGCUGCAUCGACCACGGCAUGUUAUGGCUAUGAUGCUAGUGCUGUACCUGGCUGGAAAACAGGAGAUUGGAUUUGCAAUAGAUUAGGCUGUGGAGUGCACAAUUAUGCAAGUAGAAUGGAAUGCUAUAAAUGCAAAUCACCAAGGGAAUAGUUAUGAAUGCAAACGAAUUCGAGGAAGAGAAUCCUGCGCUUCAACGGCCAUCUUUUCUUUGCUUUUUUUUCCCCCCUUUGUUUCUUCUCUUAAUUUGUCUCUUCGGUAUCAAGCAAUCUACUUGUUUUUUGCCUUAAAGAUCGAUAGUUUCUGACUUUGUGUACGGUGUAAUCUCUUCUUACAUAAAGUUUAUGGAAACCGUACAAAUCUUUUCAUACGUUCUUGCAUC